GGUGAUGUGGUUCUUACGGGACUCUGGCUCACUCCAGGAAAACUGGUUGCUACAAAAAGAACAAGACUAGGCAUAUCCUGUGUGCUGGCUUCCUGGCUCCUGUGCCUUAAGAUGUCUCCCUUUCCCACCUGCUCCUAUCACCAGACAUAUUGCUGAUGUCACCAGACAUAUUGUGAUGCAGCCAAGGGGGCCCACACUAGAGGCCAAAUGGAUAGAGCUACCUAGUCCUGGAUUUUCUGCCCUCGAAACUGAACUGCCAUCCAGGCCUAUCCAGGGCAGACCCGGCGUCAUCACCACAGCGGGGGGGGGGGGGCCAGGCCACGUGCUGCCCCCGGGGACUGACUUCAAGCCCUGCAGUCAGCGGCCCCUCCGGUCUCCCGAUGGCUGCCUACACGGAGAUGCGCGUGUGCGGCUUUGAGGAGUUCAACCAGGCUGUGAAACAGCAUGAGGGCAAGCCCAUUUUCGUCUUCUUCGUGGGUUCCCUGGAUGCGGAAGGGAAGAGUUGGUGUCCCCUCUGCGUGGAGGCCGAACCGGUCAUUCGAGAGGGCCUGAAACACACUAGGAAGGAAUGUGUGUUCAUCUACUGCCAAAUAGGAGACAAGCCUUCCUGGAGGGAUCCGAAUAACGACUUCAGGAGAAAGCUGAGCGUCAUGUCGCUGCCGACGCUACAGAAAUACGGGACACCUAGGAAGCUCGUCGACUCGGAGUGUCAGCAGGCCAACCUGGUGCAGAUGUUCUUCGGGGAAGACUAAUAUUCUUCAUUUCCUGAUUUGCCCCAUUUGCUUCUUCCCAUGUCAGCGAGACAUCAAUUAAAGAUAUUUAA